CAGCAGCCAUGCUGCCCGGGGUGGGGGUGUUCGGCACCAGCCUCACCGCCCGGGUCAUCAUCCCGCUGCUGAAGGACGAGGGCUUCUCGGUCAAAGCGAUUUGGGGCCGGACCCAGGAGGAGGCGGAGGAGCUGGCCAAGGAGAUGAGCGUCCCCUUCUACACCAGCCGGAUAGACGAGGUCUUGCUGCACCAGGACGUGGACCUGGUCUGCAUCAACCUGCCGCCACCGCUCACCAGGCAGAUCGCGGUCAAAACCCUGGGCAUUGGAAAAAAUGUUAUCUGUGACCGAACAGCAACUCCCCUGGAUGCCUUCAGGAUGAUGUCUGCGGCCCAUUAUUACCCCAAGCUCAUGAGCAUCAUGGGGAACGUUCUCCGCUUCCUGCCUGCCUUUGCGAAAAUGAAGCAGCUGAUUCAGGAGGGCUAUGUGGGGGAGCUGCUGGUGUGCGAGGUGCAGGUGCACAGCGGAAGUCUGCUGGGCAAGAAGUACAACUGGAGCUGUGAUGACCUGAUGGGGGGCGGGGGUUUGCACUCGGUCGGUACCUAUAUCAUCGACCUCUUGACCUUCCUCACCAGCCAGAAGGCUGUGAAAGUGCAUGGGCUGCUCAAGACCUUUGUGAAACAGACAGACCACAUCAAGGGAAUACGACAGAUCACCAGUGAUGACUUUUGCACGUUUCAAAUGGUUCUGGAAGGUGGGGUAUGCUGCACUGUGACCCUCAACUUCAAUGUCCCUGGGGAAUUCAAACAGGAUAUUAUUAUGGUAGGUUCAACUGGACGACUGAUUGUAAUAGGCACUGAUCUGUAUGGGCAGAGCAACAGCUCUCCUCAAAGAGAGCUCCUUUUAAAGGACUCUAUGCCAGUCAGCAACUCCUUACUGCCUGAGAAGGCCUUCAGUGAUAUCCCAUCCCCAUACCUUCAGGGCACUAUUAAGAUGGUACAGGCCAUCCGGCAAGCGUUUGAGGACCAGGAUGACAGGAGAACCUGGGAUGGGAGGCCCCUCACCAUGGCUGCGACUUUCGAUGACUGCCUGUAUGCCUUGUGUGUAGUGGACACCAUUAAAAAGUCAAAUCAACUAGGCGAAUGGCAGAACAUUGCAAUCAUGACAGAAGAGCCCGAGCUGAGCCCUGCAUACCUGAUCAGUGAAGCCAUGCGUAGGAGCAGAAUGUCUCUGUACUGCUAGCUUCACUCAGCUCUUAGAAAGGAAUGGAAACAACACAGCUCUUAAAGAAUAAUUCAGACAGCAUAAGGAUUUGGACAUAUAAAAGUUUGACAAAUUUGGUGUUUAAACCAACUAAACUAGUUGCCUCUAUACUACAGUGAUGGGAGCAUUAGAAAUGCCUAAGCUAGACAGCUGGAAAUGAGAAUUGUUUAAGGGCUGACCUAAAUAACUUGUGUUAACUGUUUAGCAGCAGUAUUAACUGGCUGGAUAGCGAGAUAUCAUGGAAUCAGUCUCCUGCAUGGAAGUGCUUAGCUGAUCCAGUUGUGUUUACUGUGAAAGUUCAGGAAGGUCCUUUUUGACUUACCUGUCCUGCCAGAGGGCUGUGAAGGCUCUGUCAUGUCAGAGAGUCUCCUGUGGCAUCUGACGUGAAGAGUUCCUACCAUGCCAGCUGACAACACCACACUGUACUACUACAUUACUAACGAGUUCUUAGAAUAAGAAGACUUGGUGUGACCAAGUGUCAUGUGACCUGGACAAACUUGGCAGCUCAAUUUUCAUAGUUUAUUCUGAGGGUGUUUUUUUUUUUUUUUUUUUUUUUUUUAACACAAUUAAGUAGGGAACAUUGUGGCUUUUGUAAACAAGUCCGUCUCCAACAGCAGCUCAUAUAACUGUGGGGGAUGGGGAAAGCAUUCUACAAGCUCAUGUUAAGUUUCAAUGUUAGCUGUACAGAUGUGCUCAUAAAGAAGGCUUGUGCAAAACGUUCAUCAGCAAAAUCCAGGCCAUGUGACACUCUCUGAUUUGGGGUUUGUUACACAGCCAAAACUUGGGCCAGGUUUACACACUUUCCUGUGAGCCUGGGAUUGAGUUCUGAGUGAACCGGGCUUGAAUUAUGACAGAGAAUAUACAAAACUAAGUGGGCUUCUACCCAAAAGCUAUGUUUUGCGUUUUUGUGUUCUUUUAAACGUAUGUGAACCUCAACCUAAAAGAAAAAAUCUGCACCAGCCACCAAGUUCUACGUUGCUCAGCCCAGAAGCUUUCAGCUCCUGAAGAUGGAAGGUCUGAAUGAUAAACCACAAAGAAUGAGAAAAAUUCUUAUAGAUUUGCAGGGAGAAAAGCAAAAACCUCCUUACCUGCCUAAAGUCAGCAGCCACAGGUACUGUGCUGACUGUUCCCUUUGUCAUCAAUGCAGGAACUGACAAAUGGUCUCUGGUUUACUUAUCCUCUUUGUCUUUAAUGUCUUAGGCCCUGCUCUUGCAAACAUUUUAUGCGGAUGCUUGUGAAUUGUCCUGGUGAGCUCUGUGGGACUCCUCUUGUGCAUUAAGCUACUCACGUGUUCACGAGUUUGCAGCAUUGGGGCUGCAGCUAUGAAAAAUAACACAACAAAAUGUAAUCCCCAAAAGAAUACAAAGCAAAAUUACAUUUGUCUUAAACUGUAGCAAAACGACUUGUUUUGGUUAAUCUGAUUGUUGGGGGGGAGGGAACCUCUUAGAAGAUUUAUGUUUGCUUUAAGGAUUGAGAGAGAAAUUUUGAACCUUUUUCUCAGGGACACCAGGUCAGUAUACUAAUUAAUUGUUUAGAUUACAAAAAUUAUGACUCUUUACAUAAAAAAAAAUGUUUACAGCUGUGUCAUCUUUAGGGGUGCUUAGAGCUCCCUUAGGAAUCCUGCUACUGACCCCUACCUUAUUACCUUGGUCUCUUGACUGCUAUGGUCUAGGCUUUAGUGCUGUAUUUACUGAACUGGGAGAGCAAUGCUAAGUACAAAUUUUAUUCGAAAAAAUAUGUAAAAUCCUAGAUAUUUGUGAACUUUCAUGACUUUUUUACUGAGAUCUAUAAAUAGCGUGAAUAAUGGAGGAAAAAGGUCAUACAAUUUGUUUAAAUAAUAUUGUGAAAUGAAUCAGUCUAUUGGAUGAUUACUGUUUGACCAGCUCUAGCAAUUGUAUCUGUUGUUUACUGCUUCUGCUAGGGCCUUGGGCAAGGAUGCAGGGCUUCUCCUGCCAGGGUCUCAAGUUUCUAUUUUUUUUCCAGUUGUUUAAAAUUAUUCCUUGGAAAAUAAUUGUCAAUGAAGUAAUUAAGCAAAUAGGAAAUAGCCAAGAUUACAAUCAUCGUUGCAUACAACACUAUUCCUUUAUUUAAAUAAACCUGCUAUCACACACACACACACACAACCUCACCAGAGAGACAGUCAGAUCAAAAACUAAAUCUCUCUUAGCAAAAGAAUGAUGUUAAUCAGAGAGGGUCAAGAGACAUAUAUUGAUUUUUUUUUAAUGCAGUAUGGUGUAAUCUCCUUACUGAGGACAAAGGUAGAGUCAUGGAUGCAGGAUAAAGUGGAUGACUAAGGGACAGAAAAAUCAAUGGCAGGGAGCUAGGUAUGAUAAACCAAGUCUGAUUAAAAAACAAAACAAAAAACACCAUCCCAAACUGUAGCCCAAAACCUGAAUUAAAUCUGAACCAAAAUAUUUUUUAGUUUCUCUUCAUUUAUUAUUUGCAUUGCGGUAGGGUUACAGAGCUCUAGUUGUGGACCACGACCCCAUUGUGCCAGGUGCUGCACAAAAUUUAAUAUCUUUGCCAUCUAUAUUUUUAACGUUUGUGCCUCUCUGCAGUUUUAUGGUUCUGGCUGAAAGCAUAAGUGCUGGAAUCCUGGGCCUUGUUCCUGCACUGAGCUCCAUGCAGGCAGAAUACGGAGUCCUAUUGAAUUCAGUUUUUCUGGCCCUGAGCUGAAAGCUUUCAGGUGGUGUGCAUCACCCUUCCUCUCCUUAGCCUUAUUGGUUCGGAUACUGCAAUUUGCAGAGUUUAACUCUAACUGGGGUGCAACUGGUGACUGCUUGCAGUCAGGAUUGAAUGAAGUCUUUGUACUUUCCAGGAUGUAAGGUGAGAUGAAAUACUGCUAUCUGGGCAAGGUUUUGGUAGCAUCAGAUGUAAAUAUAUUAAACUGCCAUCUGAAUUAAAGGAACAAGUGACUAGUUUAUUUGUAGAAUGUGUCAUAAUAUUCCAAUAAAAUUAUGACUUACUCUAUAAUUUAAAUAAUAGGGCUAUUUAGAUUUGCAGUAUCAAACCGUCAUUAUUUUUGGGACAGUUUGAAGUACAUUGAGCAGAAUGCUGCAACUGGCCCCUGGAGUUCACAUCACAUUUAAGAAUUUGGCCAAUGGUUAAAAAAGGUUUACAGUAUUUAAUUUAAA